GGAUCAUUCGGUGGAUUUAUUGUCCACCAAAUUGGUGCUCUUGUUGAGAGUUCGAGAAUCAUACUCAGAGGAAAUCCUCCAUAGAGACGAUGGUGCAAACGCGCAGUAACGCCAAUGUAGGUACUGGAGUUCCCCAACAGGGGGAGAACAGCACCACUGGAGGUCGGAACCCUCCCAUCACCACCGGGGAGGCUGAGGCCCUCAUUCAGAGGGUUGGAAUCACGGCCGAACAAUUCAAAGAGGUGCUGGCCGCACUGGCGCCCAACCGCGAGGUUGUGGUAGAAGAUGUGGCUGAGGGACCCACGGGCGGGAAGGCUGGACCUACAGGCUCCCAAGGAAAAAAGAAAAAAGACACUCGGUCGGCCCGAAAAGGCGACCUGAGAGACACACUCAAGGAGAAGAGAGGGGAGUCCACAGCGACCUCCAAGGUCGGUUCUGAGGAGCGACGGACGACCGUCGGGGAUAAGGGCGCAGCUGAGCUGUGGAAAAUGUACGAGCAGCUGGAGAAGCGGCUGGACGCCCAAAACCCCUAUCGCCAGGCGGUCUUCAGUGAGGCUUGUGAAUGGUUCCACAAGUUACCCAAGGGGUCGAUAGAUAAGUGGAGCGACCUGGCCCACAAGUUCUUGGAGCACUUCGCAUCCAGCCAGAGACAGAAGCUCCCCUUCUCGCAUCUGCUCAAUGUGAAGAUCCGGAAGGGGGAACAGCUCCGGGAAUUCAUUAAUAGGUGGGAGAAGGAGGCUAGGGACGUCCAAGGGGCGGACGACCAGGCCCUGAUCGCCAUGCUCCAAGCUGCACUCCCCCAAGGGGAUGUGCGCAAAGAGCUGCGGCGGAAUCCUCUCUCAACCUAUCAAGAGAUGUUGGCCUGGGCGAAGUACUUGGCAUUGGAAGAAGAAGAUGAUGAGCCACCAGUCCGGAAGGAGAAGAAAAAUGGGCCACCGGUGGCAGAAGGGAAGAAGAGGAAGGACUAUGGUAAGGGGCCAAACCCCACCGGCACCCACAAUACGUCGGAGUGCGUCACGUUGAGGAAGGAGAUGGAUCAGCUGAUCGCUAGAGGGCCACCUCCUCGGACGGAACGACCAUCCUCAGGUAACCGGACCUGGAGGAGGCCUCCAGCCCCCACAGCAGCGAUCACAGCAGGAGAGGGGCAAGAAGAUGGACGGCGGCACCUAGGACGAGAUUGUGACGAUCUAGAUGAAGAGGAAAGGCAAGGUCGCCGACACCUGGGGUGUCGGUUCAUUAUGGGAGGAAACACGGGAGGAGAUUCGGUAUCCUCCCGGAAGAGGUGGAAGAACAUGGUGUACCUGGCUGAGGUGCAAAGGCCGCCGCUGCCUAAGCGGAAGAAGAAGGAACCUCUGAUCUUCACAGAUGAGGAUUAUCCCCCAGUCCUCAGCCCCCACAGGGACGCUCUGGUGAUAAAGGUAGAGAUCAAUAAUGUGGUUGUUCACUGCACUUUGGUCGAUACGGGCAGCUCGGUCAACGUAAUGUACAGCAACACCUUUACGGAGUUGGGGUUGUCCCGAGGUGACCUGAAACCAAUCCAUACGCCGCUAUCGGGGUUUACAGGGGAUACGAUCGAAGCUGAAGGCACUAUCACGGUGAAGGCCGGUGUAAGAGAUGGCACCCACCGACUCUGGGUCGACAUGGAAUUUAUGGUAGUGCAGCUCAACUGUGCACACCAUUUGAUCCUGGGGCGACCAGGGUUGGAGGACCUGGAGUGCGUAAUCUCCCCCGUCCACCUAUGCUUAAAGUUCAAUACUCCCACGGGAGUGGGGAUAGUAAGGGGAAACCAAAGCCUGUCACGGUCGUGCUAUGUCAGGGCGACCAAGAGCCAAGCCCGGGUCGACGAGAAUGUGAGUACGAUUUGCGCCGCAAUCCAGAAGGAGGAGGGGCGACCACGAGCUGAGCCGGUGGAGGAGGUCGAAGAAGUUUCCUUGGACCCGGCCGAACCACAGUGGAAGGUGAAGAUAGAGUUUAAGCCACGACCGGCGAUAAAGGGGCAGGCGUUAGCAGAUUUCGUGGUAGAAUGCACUGCGAGAGAGGUAGAGUCUAGUGGAGAAGAACCCGAAGGGAACUGGUGGACCGUGUACACCGAUGGGUCGUCCGCGACUGAUGCUUCGGGGGGAGGUGUCGUGGCGAUAUCGCCAGAAGGAUUCAAAGCGUACUACUCUGUGAGGUUCCGGUUUAAAGUCUCGAACAAUGAGGCCGAAUAUGAGGCCCUAGGUUUGAGGUUGGCAGCUUCAUUAAAGGCUGAGCGAAUCCAAGUCCGGUGUGAUUCCAAGCUAGUAGUAGGCCAUGUUACGGGAGAGUUUGAGGCCAAGGAUGAGCGAAUGAAGAAAUAUAGAGACGCCGCUCUGGAGCUGCUUAAGGCAUUUGGGGCAUACCGGAUAGAACAGGUCCCUCGAGGAGAGAACGCUGAAGCAGAUAUCUUGUCAAAGCUUGGUCCGGAUUCCCCAGAUCAUAUCAAGGCGAUGACUCAGGAGGAAGAGUUGCUCGAACCAAGCAUCAGUCCCGGACAAGUGCUGAUCAUCACACUCAAAGAGGAGCCGGAUUGGAUUGAUGAGAUUACCAUGUACAUCCUUGACGGGUCGCUACCUAUCGACCCAAUCGCGGCAAAGGUGGUAAAACGACGUGCACCCAGUUACACAUUGGAGUGCGGUCGAUUAUACAAACGGUCGUACAAUGGUACAUUGCUAAGAGUAUGUGCGCAAAUGCAAGGUCUGUCAGGAGUUCCAGAGGGUGCCGGGGCGACCGGCGACGAAUUACACCCCGAUAAGCACGGCGAUUCCCUUUGCUCGGUGGGGCAUCGAUCUGGUCGGUAUUUUUCCUCGGGGGACAGGGAACAACACAUACCUGGUGGUCGCGAUCGACUACUUCACCAAGUGGGUCGAGGCGCCCCCGUGCCAACCAUCACUGCGGAGCAGAUGACGAAGUUCGUCUCCAAGCAAAUCUUGUGCCGAUUUGGGGUGCCUCAGCAGAUCAUCACUGACAACGGAACCCAAUUCGAGGCCGGAGGGUUCAAUGAGUUUCUACAGAGCUGGGGCAUAAAACACAGCUAUGCAGCGGUCGGUACCCCCAAACCAAUGGGCAGAACCACCCCAAGGAAGGCCACAGGUGAAACCCCUUUCUCGCUCACAUAUGGAUUUGAAGCAAGGGCUCCAGCGGAGACCUCGUUGUUAAGUUAUAGAGUAGAGACGUUUGAUGCUCGAGAAAAUGAAGAGAACUUGAGGGCAGAAUUGCACCUCAUUGAUGAGCGAAGGGAAAGGGCAUAUAUGCGGGCAGAAAACUACCGUCGACAGGUCAAGUCAUAUUACGACCAGCGGGUGCGACCAAGGCAGUUCAAGAUGGGCGACUGGGUCCUUCGGAAAAGGGAAGUCAGUCGGCCGACCGAUGGAGGGAAGUUUGCUAAAAGCUUCGAAGGGCCAUAUAGAUUGCUGGGACAUUUAGAUUGCAGACUCCAGCCGGUGGCGACGUUCCGCGGGUAUGGAAUGCCGCCAACCUUAUCAAAUUUUAUCAAUAGAUUGUACUCCAACCAUGUCUCUUUCGUGAAGUUUAAUAAAACCAGUUUUCUGGCACAUAUUGUCUUCAAUUCUCGAAAAAAAAGGGAGUGACCACAAGGGAUCGCUAAGCCUAAACGUCAUGGUGAUUCGUGCUAAGAUACCCAGUGUUGGGUGAAGCGCCGAACCCUGACAAGCGACCGAGGUGGAGGGUUGUCAGACGACGCGACUAAUCAGAGAACGACGCCGUGGCAAGGAAGCCCGAGAAAACGGCUAAGUCUGGAACAAAAGAUCUACUGAUCG